AUGGCUCUUUUACAACGAAAUGAACUAGGCACUGCGCAGCAUUUUCUAGAAUGUGACAAAAAAGACUGCGAAAAGAACUGUGAAUACUACUGCAACCAUUGCUGUCAACGGCUGUGUAGGCCAUGCAGAGAUGAACAUAAGAAGACUUCGAAAUAUAAGAAGCAUGAGGUAGUUCUUUAUCAACAACGAAUACGAUCAUUUCGUGUGGAGAAAUGUAGGAUCCAUCCCACAAAAGAUAAAGACAUGCUCUGCGAGGAAUGCCAAGUCCAACUGUGUUCCAAAUGUGCAACACAAAAAGAUCACCGAGGACAUACCUUUAUUGAUUUGGAGACAAUGUAUACCACGACAUACGCUCGUUGCCGAGAAGAAAUUUCAAAAAUUCAGCAGUACUUUCUGCCAACGUCAAGAGAAAUUCAGAGAGACAUAAAUGAAGAUUCGAGAAAAAUAAAGAAGAUUAUGGACAGUAUAAGAACUUCGGUAAAGGUUGAUUCUGACGGUCUUAAAAGCCUGGUAGAUAGAUUGGCGUCCAAAAAUAUUCAGCGAGUAAACAACAGAGAAAAAUCACUGAUGGAAAAUUUAAAAUCCCAAGAAAAGAAGAUCACUGGAUAUAUCUCUUAUCUUACAGAUCUUGACAAAGAGCUCCAAAAAUAUUUGUCCCAAACAAAACCUCCAACAUUUACAUCCUCAAUAUCUGAGAAGCUAAAAAUCCAAUCCAUAUCUGAAAUACCACGACUAGCAACACCAGUUUUUACUGCUGCCCAAUACAACAAAGAUAAUGUCGCUCAAUUACUUGGUAAAAUAGACAUAUCCAAUUCUGAGGCAGAAAACAGACAUAUUAAGCCCUCAGAGACUACCACU